AUGGCCUCAUCACCCGAAAAGAAGCAGAAGACAACGUCCAUGUCAUCCCUCACGAGCUCAUUCUUACGUUUCUAUCGUACACCAGGUUUAACGGCCCAUGCUAAUCGUACACUACUCACCUAUUUACAAGCUCAAGCACCAGAGUUACAGGUGGAUGAACUCUUGACUGAGUAUUGUUUUUACGUGGAGAUACAACAAGACACUGGCAUGUUGUCAUCUGCUGAUGAGGAGACACUGCACUGGUUGCUUAGUGAGACCUAUGAGCCACAGCAAACACGCGCUACGGAAUCCUUUCUAGUUGCCACAGAGCAUAAGCAUGAGUGGCUUGUAGAGGUUGGACCACGCAUGAAUUUUUCCACAGCUUGGUCCAGUAAUGCUGUAACAAUUUGCAAAGCUUGUGGCAUUACAACUAUAAAGCGUAUCGAGCGUGCUACUCGCUACUUGGUGCGUUACAAAGCUACGAACGCGGAGGCUGUUGAGACGCUUAAAAAGACGCUGCUUCGUCACGAGUGCGACCGUAUGACGCAGCAAGUGUAUGUAAAACCUCUUGUAAGCUUUUGGCAUGGUAAAACGGUGCAGCCUGUGCGUAAGAUUCCCAUCAUGGAACGUGGCAUUGACGCGCUAAAGGAGAUUAACGAUGAGAUCGGCUUGGGCUUUGACGACUGGGACCUGCAAUAUUACUUGGAUCUUUUCAAGCAAAAGCUGCGGCGUAAUCCUACGGAUGUCGAGUGUUUUGACAUGGGACAGAGUAAUUCGGAGCAUUCCCGACACUGGUUUUUUGGCGGCAAAAUUGUGAUCGAUGGCCAGGAGAUGCCUCAGACACUGUUUCAGAUGGUCAAGGACACACUCACGGAGAGUGCCAAGGAAAACAGCGUCAUCGCGUUUCACGAUAACUCGUCUGUCAUCAGGGGUGCAAACAUUGUAACGCUAGGACCUGUGAACCCAGGUGAGCCAUCGCUUGUGCAGGAGCGUACCCUAGACAGCCAUCUACUGCUUACUGCGGAGACCCACAACUUUCCAUCAGGUGUGGCUCCAUUUCCAGGUGCCGAGACAGGCACCGGUGGCCGUAUUCGUGAUGUUCAAGCUACGGGUCGCGGUGCCAACGUCGUCGCUGGUAUCAGCGCCUAUUCUGUGGGCAAUCUUAACCUCGAGGGCUACAAGCUCCCGUGGGAGGACGAGAAGCUGGAAUAUCCAUCGAAUCUUGCACACCCGCGUGACAUCCUCGUCCAGGCUUCUAAUGGUGCAUCGGAUUACGGCAACAAAUUUGGCGAGCCUGUUGUGACAGGGUUCGCUCGGUCAUUUGGUAUGGUGCUGCCUAAUGGCGAGCGUCGUGAGUACAUCAAGCCGAUUAUGUUCUCUGCUGGUCUCGGCCAGCUGGAUGGUCGUCACUGCACUAAGGGCGAACCAGAAAUUCAGAUGUGGGUCGUGAAGAUUGGUGGUCCUUGUUACCGUAUCGGGAUGGGCGGCGGUGCUGCUUCUAGCCGUAUUCAGGACACAAAGUCUGCUGAUUUAGACUUUAAUGCUGUGCAGCGUGGUGAUGCCGAGAUGGAGUGCAAACUAAAUAAGGUGAUUCGUGCCUGUUGUGACCUCGGCGAGAAGAAUCCUAUCGUUUCCAUCCAUGACCAGGGUGCUGGUGGCAACGGAAACGUGCUCAAGGAGAUUGUCGAAGUGUCAAACUCAAAGCCUGGCGAUGCUAACCGCGGUGGUGCUCGCUAUGAGGUGCGGAACAUCCUUGUCGGCGAUGACACUCUUUCUGUUCUUGAGAUCUGGGGUGCAGAGUACCAGGAAAAUGACGCUCUGUUGCUCCGUCCAGAGCACGUUGAGCUGUUUGACAAAAUUUGCAAGCGUGAAAACUGCCCGUAUGCGCUGCUAGGCCAGGUGACCGGAGAUGGUCACGUGGUCUUGCAUGACUCCAAUGAUAACUCUACUCCUUUUGACUUGGACCUUGACUUGGUGCUAGGCAAGAUGCCGCAGAAGACCUUUUCGGACGCCAAGGCCACGGAGCCCGUAUCGGAGCUGUCGCUUCCAGUGGACGUUACCCUGCGCGAUGCACUGGACCGUGUGUUACGUCUUCUGUCUGUCGGCUCAAAACGUUUCCUGACAAGCAAGGUGGAUCGGUCGGUGAGUGGUCUUAUUGCCCAACAGCAGACAGUGGGCUCGCUCCAGCUGACCCUCGCCGACUGUGCCGUUGUGGCACAAUCGCACGUGCCGAACAAGGACGGCAAGUUUACUGGCGUGGUGAGUGCUUGUGGAGAGCAGCCUGCGAAGGGCCUAGUGAACCCUGGUGCUAUGGCUCGGUUAAGCGUGGGUGAGUCGCUUACUAAUUUGGUCUGGGCGGCUCUUGGUGGACGUGGCCUAGAUGACUGCAAGUGCUCUGCCAACUGGAUGUGGGCGGCUAAGUUGCCUAAUGAGGCUGCGCGCAUGUAUGAGUGCUGUGAGGCUAUGACCACUUUUAUGAAGAAGAUAGGUGUAGCCGUCGAUGGUGGCAAGGACUCGCUCUCCAUGGCUGCCAAGGUUAAUGGAAAGGACGUAAAGACGCCUGGCACGCUGGUGAUCACUAUGUACGCUCCGACGGAGGACGUUGAGCUGAAGGUGACCCCUGACCUUAAAACUCACGUCGACAACAGCCUGCUGUACUACGUGGACGUGGGCAAAGGCGAGAACCGCCUGGGUGGUUCGGCUUUGGCGCAGGUGUAUAGUCAGGUCGGCAAUGUUGCACCGGACGUCGAGGACGCCGAGUUGUUCAGAAACGCGUUUAACGGCAUCCAAACUAGCAUUAAAAAUGGCCUUUUGCUUGCUGGUCACGACCGUAGCGACGGUGGUCUUAUUGUUACGCUGCUAGAGAUGGCAUUUGCUGGUAACUGUGGUCUCAGCAUUGACAUUCCUUUUGCGAGUGACAAAGUUACGACAAGGGACGUCAUUCAGGUGCUGUUUGCCGAAGAGCUUGGCUUCGUAUUCCAGGUUGCUGGUAAUCAGCAUGCCAAUGAGGUGGAGUCUAUCUUCAAUAGCCUAAACGUGCCACUUGUGAAGCUGGGUAAGGUGACCACCGACGGUGUUAUUAGGGUGAGCAUUAACGGCGAAAGUGUCCUUGAGGACCAGAUGGUGGAUCUUCGCGACGUGUGGGAGGCGACAAGCUUUGAGCUUGAGAAGCGUCAGUGCAAUCCUGAGUGUGUAGCGCAGGAACAGCGUUUGCUGCGCACCCGCACGACUCCCUCAUGGAAAGUGACUUACAAGCCUAAGCCAACACCAGAGCGCCAUCUGAGUACGCGCGCCCAGCAUCGUGUGGCUGUUCUUCGUGAAGAAGGUAGCAACGGUGAGCGGGAAAUGCUUGCAGCGUUCCACCACGCCGGUUUUGAAGUAUGGGACAUCACAAUGUCUGACUUGGUAAGCAAGCGUAUGGUGCUAGAUGAGCGCUUUCGCGGCGUGGCGUUCGUAGGUGGUUUCACAUUUGCUGAUGUGCUAGGCUCGGCCAAAGGCUGGUCGGGUGUGGUGAAGUUCCACGGGGACGUGCUGAAGCAAUUCGCGGCAUUCAAGGCUCGCGAAGACACGUUCAGUUUUGGUGCCUGCAAUGGUUGCCAGUUCAUGACGCUUCUUGGUUGGCUGGACUACCCGGAGGCUAAGGCUCUAGAGGAGGAAACGAAGACAUCAGCUCAGCCACGAUUUGUGCAUAACGAAUCUGGACGCCACGAAUCUCGUUUCGUAUCGGUACAGAUCCAGGAGUCAAACUCGGUAAUGCUGCGAGGUAUGGCUGGGUCUUCUAUCGGCGUGUGGGUCUCGCAUGGUGAGGGCCGCGCACACUUUACCCACCCAAAGAUUCAGAAAAAAUACUUAUCGAGAGGCGCUGCUGCGAUUCGCUAUGUGGAUGACGUUAACGUACCGACGGAGGAAUAUCCGUUUAAUCCGAAUGGCUCACCAGAAGGCAUUGCUGGUCUUGUAUCAAGUGAUGGUCGUCACCUGUGUAUGAUGCCGCAUCCAGAGCGCUGUUUUCUCAAGUAUCAGUGGCCGUACAUGCCAAUUGAAUUUCAAUCGCUUCCUGUAAGCCCAUGGAUGCAACUUUUCCAGAACGCAAAGAACUUUUGCGAAAGCACAUGA